GAUAGAUGAGGUAAUCCUGAGACUAGCAACACUCAGGAAUCGACCGUCAUUCCGCUAGACGCUCGCCGCUAUUCCUGCUCAGUCUAUUCCUGACGCGCUUGUCCUCACCCCCACCGCAAUGACUGAGAACAGCGACCGCCAUUCGGACGCUGCUGUGGUGCAGCCCAAGCUGUCGCCGCCCAACAAGCACAGCCCCACGGGCAUGCACAAGGACGUGCCAGAUGGCGGGCUCACGCGCCUGUCGAGCCGCCUGCUUCAGUCUCGUGUGGGGCGUGACAAGCAGCGCUACGACGGUAACACGCGGCUGCUAGCAUGCAUCGUAGUCUCGCGUCGCGUGGACACCAGCAACGAGUUCUUGCUCAUCUCGAGCUCCAAGCACCCGACGCAGUGGAUUCUACCCAAGGGCGGCUGGGAGAACGACGAGUCUGCCGUGGAGUGUGCACUGCGUGAGGCCGACGAGGAAGCGGGGGUGACGGGGAAGAUUAUUGGAUCACUAGGCACACUGGACUUCGCCAGUCAACAGGGCAAGUCCUGUCGUUUCUACGGCUUCAGGCUCGAGGUCACACAGGUCUUCGAGGACUGGGCUGAGAACACUCGCAAGCGCAAAUGGGUCUCUCUUGAUGUAGCGCGCGAGUUGUUGCAGCUCCGCCCAGAGCUGGUAGAGAUGGUAGAGCGCGCUGUGGCACUGUGAGCGCUAGGCGUAUUUAUUAGCUGCAGCCUCGACAAUGUACAACAUGCACCUCUUUGAUCACCGAACUGCUUGUGUGCCACUAGCCCAAAAAAGGCAACUUCUCUUCAACUUGACAAGCAAUCACUCCGACGAGAGCUCUGAUCGAACGUUGCGGCGUGUGCUUGUUGCAAAAGCAUUCGAACUUUUGUCUAUCUAACGUUAGUCCAACGAAUGCAGCAAGUCAUUCGUGCAGUGUCAGGAUAAUGUAUCGUUCAUCAACGUCUACACGUGUUGGUUGUCGUUCCAACCACGGCCGAAGACACCAAACAAACGUCGCUUCCUCUAGCCGGAUCGCCAUCACAUUGGUGUGGAUCUCGGAGGGUUGUGACCUGGCGUGCUCUCAUUUGGCGGUCGCGGGAUGCCGCGCCGCGAUUGGAGCGACCACUUCUACAUGGUGGUGGCAUCGAGAGGGCGUACAGGGCGUCGGCAUGUUCACCGGAUGUCAUCCGAGCCGCCGCUCACCAUGAUCGACUUGUCCUGCUGUUGGUCGCUUUCGUGGUGAUGGUCGGCUUGGCGCCAUUACAAUGGGGCUGUAAGCUUCGAGGUGUCAAGCGCCUACGUGCUGUUGCGAUGAGUAAUUAAUUGUCCAGCAAUGCCGACGUCAGACGUGUUGCAACGAGAGCCAUCUGCUCCGAUGCGAAAGAAAUCGACAACUUGUCCAGCGUUCCAGAGUUUUGCGAUGCUGUGGGUGGUGGCAGCGGUGACAGUAUAUUACUCACGAGCAUUUGGGCGCUGAGAAAGCGGACUUCUGAAACGAUGCCAGUGCGAAGAACCAGAGACCAGAGUCUCAAUGCGACAAAGUGUGCAAGCUUAGGGGAAUUGACACGUCAAGAGACGAGAGCGAUUUCUACACCGGAUCUCGUUGGUCCAGCGCGACCCACACUGCGCUGUUCAUGAGGAUCCUCCUGCUUUAUCCUCCGUACAUGGAUCUGUAUGAGCUGAGCAUGACUCCGGCUUGGUACUUACAUGCACUUGCACUUGCAGUCCUGUUUGCCGCGAGAGGAGCUCACGGUGGCACUGAAACGCCGACUUAAUACAUGUAAGCAAGCUAGCUUAACAAACGGGCACUCCCGCGACGUCUCGACCAUGCGGUCGUUGGGGAAGGCAAUCGGAGGUUGCGGCGAGCCGACACAACGAUACCUGCCAGACCGGCACGCGGUAACGAGACUGAAUCGAGUCGCUAGCAUAGCGCUAGCCAAAAAAACAAAAACUGGUUUGUGGUUUUUUCGUGGCUGAUUUUUGAGCGCAUCGCGGCGACAAAAGCGUACAGAUACUGUCGCUGUCGUUCACACAAAGGGAGAGUGUUCGAAUCAGAGCCGCCGUCCAUCGUCGCCGACGACAAAAGCGGAGCUCGUGGCGCUGAUUUUGAAAUUUUUUUUUUUUUUUUUU